AUGAGGAGGCGCUCAGGAGGCGCUCAGGAGGCACUCAGGAGGCGCUCAGGAGGCGCUCAGGAGGCGCUCAGGAGGUACUCAGGAGGCGCUCAGGAGGCGCUCAGGAGGCACUCAGGAGGCGCUCAGGAGGCGCUCAGGAGGAGCUCAGGAUGGUACUUAGGAGACGCUCAGGAGGAGCUCAGGAGGAGCUCAGGAGGUGCUCAGGAGGUGCUCAGGAGGUGCUCAGGAGACGCUCAGGAGGAGCUCAGGAGGUGCUCAGGAGGUGCUCAGGAGGUGCUCAGGAGGUGCUCAGGAGGUGCUCAGGAGGUGCUCAGGAGACGCUCAGGAGGAGCUCAGGAGGUGCUCAGGAGGUGCUCAAGAGGAGCUCAGGAGGUGCUCAGGAGACGCUCAGGAGGUGCUCAGGAGACGCUCAGGAGACGCUCAGGAGACGCUCAGGAGGAGCUCAAGAGGAGCUCAGGAGGUGCUCAGGAGACGCUCAGGAGACGCUCAGGAGACGCUCAAGAGGAGCUCAGGAGACGUUCAGGAGACGCUGAGGAGCAUCUGGGACUGGUCAGAGAGGCUUAA